AUGGAGCCGCUAAGCGAGAACGGCCUCUGCCUCUCAGAACUGGAGUUGCACGGAGGUGGCCACCUACACGAGUCGGUGGCCGCGUCCGUGGGUUCCGCUAUCUCAAGUCUGAUGGCACCCUUACACCAUGAGCCCCAGCACACGCCCCUGCAUCACGCUCCGCCGUUGCACCAUGAACCGCUUGAGAAGCUUAAACUCGUCACGGACUAUCAGGAUGAAGAGCGUAACGGGAUGUGGGCCGCGCAAUAUCAUUGCACUGUAUACAAAAUUAGUGAUCAUUCACCUCCCAACCCUCGGUGA